AUGGGUAAAACAAUUGGAGAAACAUCCCGUAGGGAUUCAUUGAAGUCUACAAAUAAAACUUCUUCAUUAUCAUCCAUAGUUAAAACAAGUUUGUCUCUUGAAACUGCAGCUAAUUUAAAAUGUGAUGUUGUAAAAUAUGGAUCAGAAAGCAGAGAAAACCAUGACUUACUCGAACAUUUGAAUCGAAUAAGAGACUUCACUGACAUUGUUCGUGGCUUCUACGCACAAUUCCCACAAACUGUGACAUUAACACAAGAUUAUCAAUAG